AUGGCGACGGAGGAGCAUGCGAAUGAAGAGAAGAUUCUUGUUUCGGUUAGGGUGAGACCAUUGAAUGACAAGGAAAAGGCAAAGAACGAGGUUUCCGAUUGGAAAUGCUUCCACAACACUGUCAUGUACAACACCAACAGCCAAGCUGAUCGGCCCUCGUCUCCCUCUGCGUAUGCCUUCGACAGAGUCUUUGGUAAGGACUCUUCUACGAAGCAGGUGUAUGAAGAGGGAGCUAAGGAGGUUGCUCUUUCAGUCGUCAGCGGCAUCAACUCAACCAUUUUCGCCUAUGGGCAAACAAGCAGUGGAAAGACAUAUACUAUGAAUGGGGUGACCGAAUUUGCAGUUUCAGAUAUAUAUGAUCACAUGGAGAGACAAAGUGAUCGAGAAUUCGUGUUGAAGUUCUCUGCCAUGGAGAUAUAUAAUGAAGCUGUCAGAGAUCUCCUCAGCUCCGAGAAUGCUCAACUUAGGCUCCUAGAUGAUCCUGAGAAAGGUACAGUGGUCGAGAAACUUUCAGAGGAGGUUCUGAGAGACCGAAACCACCUGGAGGAGCUUCUUUCCACCUGUGCAGCUCAAAGGAAGAUAGGAGAGACCUCUUUGAAUGAAACUAGUUCAAGAUCUCAUCAGAUUUUGCGACUGACAAUUGAAAGUACUGCCAAACAAUUAGACGGCCUCCAAAGUUCAGGCACUCUUGCUGCUACUGUGAAUUUUGUUGAUCUUGCGGGCAGCGAGCGUGUUGCUCAGGCAUUAUCGGCUGGUGCAAGAUUGAAAGAAGGGUGUCACAUAAAUAAAAGUUUACUGACCCUGGGAACUGUAAUCCGCAAAUUAAGCAAGGGAAGAAAUGGACACAUACCUUACAGAGAUUCCAAGCUUACACGGAUACUGCAAAAUUCUUUGGGAGGUAAUGCUAGGACAGCUAUCAUUUGCACCAUGAGUCCUGCACGAAGUCAUGUUGAGCAAUCGAAGAACACCCUGUUCUUUGCAAGUUGUGCAAAAGAGGUUACUACUAAUGCAAAGGUCAAUGUGGUAAGGUCAGAUAAGGCAUUGGUAAAGCAAUUGCAGCAACAAUUGGCGAAAAUGGAAAACGCAUUAAAGAGCUUAGAAACAAAUUCAAUGAAAGAGAAAGAACUUUUGCUGCAACAGAUGGAUAAAGAAAUAAAAGAACUGACCAAGCAACGUGAUCUAGCUCAAUCUCGGGUUCAAAAUCUGCUAGAACCAGUAGAAGAAGGCCGAUCUGGAAUUGAUGAAAAUUCAGGAUUGGAGUCAUCAGACAUUAAUGUAACGCCAUGCAAUCCACCAGAUAAUACUGACAGACCUAGUUUUUCCUCGAAUUCCAGCAAGCACAUACGACGGCUUUCUGAGAUUUCUGACGAAAUUUUUCUGAUGGAUGGUAUUGAUCCAAACUUAGAAGGUUGGCAGGAUAUUGCAGAAAGAUCUCAAGCAGAACCCAAAUAUAUUGCACAAAGCUUUCAUGCAGAACCUGGAAACAAUGCACGAAGAUCUCAUGUAGAACCUCAAGGUAUUGCACAAAGCAAAGACAUUGCACAGGAGCAUCUUACAGAACCUGAAGCUGUCUGCAAGGAGAUUAGAUGCAUUGAUCAAAGGGAAGAAUCAAGCAUGGACAAGAAUAAAGUACCGAUGGAUGACGAUGCAGGUUCAUUAUCACUGCAGAAGGAAGAUGCCGAGUUGAGAAAUGCUAGUGAAGAGUAUGAAGCAUUGCAGAGGACAAUACAGGAUUUGCAAAGGACGAUUAACACUCUUGUGAGUCUUAAUGGCCCUCUGGAUCAAUCUCCUUGUUCUUCUGAAUCGAGCCCUGCAAGCGUAAGCUUCUCCAGAAGUAGAAGUGCAAGGGCAGUUCUCCUAAGUCCUCUAUCUCUCUCUUCUCCAACUAAGGAGACGGUACAAAAGGAGACCGUCACUCCUACUCAGUUCAAAUCAAAGCAAGUUAUCAACAUUGAAAUGUCACCCACAGAAGAUGUUCAAGCGCCUGUCAUGAAAGCAACUACCAAUAAAGAAGAAACUAGAGAACAUGAGGCAGAGGAGGACUUGCCUGCUAAAACACAAGAAUUCUCUAAGCGCAAGAUGUCUAAACCGAAGCAUGGAAAGCUAACCCGAAGAGACUCUGGUCGAGAAUCUCUCUUGAGUGUUCAAGUGGAGGCAGAGGAGCGAAUGCCAGAUGAGGACAAUGUUGUGGAGGAGUUGCCUAGAGGUUCAAAAGGUGGCUUGCGGUGGAAGCUUUUUAAAUCAAAACAGCCUGGUUCUAAAUCAGUGAUGAGUUCUAAAGCAUCUUCUGUUUUGAGUGCUCCGGUGGCUUGGAAAGUUAUCCAAAACUAUUCAGAGGCGGAUUUGGAGGAUAACGUCAGUGUUCUCAACUUUGAUGAUGAACAUAAAAGAGACAAUCAUGACAAGCAUGGACGAUCUUCGAAGAGGCCUGGCCGUAUGGAUACUUCAUCAAUACAACGAGCAUUGAGAAACAAUUCUGAUUGGCGGUCUGAAUUUGAAAGACAGAGGGAAUUGAUAAUCGAACUCUGGGAUGCUUGCUAUGUGCCAUUGGUUCACAGAUCCCAUUUCUUCCUUCUUUACAAAGGAGAUCCAUCUGACUUUCUCUACUUGGAGGUAGAGCUUAGAAGACUGACCGCUCUAAGGGACACAUUCUCUGACGGAAGUAACAGAAGUUCAGUGAGUGAUCGUCAUGCUCUCACUCCAGCUUCAAGUCUGAAGGCUCUUAAGAAAGAGAGGGAGAUGUUAAGCAAGAAAGUGCAUAGGAGGUUCUCAAGAAAAGAUAGAGAAAGGCUUUACCAGAAGUGGGGGAUUAGGCUGAACACGAAGGAGAGGAGCCUACAGUUGACAAACUAUCUAUGGACGAGCACAAUGGACAUGGGACACAUCAGGGAGAGUGCUACACUUGUUGCGAAGUUGAUUGGCCUUGCAGAGCCACUUCAGGCUCCCAAGGAGAUACUUGGAAUCAGCUUCUUAUCGCGACCAGUUCCAAAGAAAGCCUCUUUCUGGAGAGACACCAUGUCUACUCUAUAG